AGAAAACAUGGCGUGGUUAGCCAGAUCCAUCGCGAAUUCCCUCAAGAUCGACGAAGACGAAGAAGAUGACAAGGAAACGAUUACGCCCAAAUCGAUCGAAGACCCCGCUCCCGAUCAACAGUCUUCCCCAUCGUCGUCGUUGAAAUCACAGUCACCACGAGGCGUCAAAGAAGACAUCUCCGAGCUCACGAAGACCUUCAGAACUCAGCUAUGGGGCGUCGCUUCUUUCCUCGCGCCGCCACCGCCUUCUUCCUCUUCCUCCGAGGAGACGCGGAAGUCGACGGAGGGGGGCGACGAGGAGGAGGAGGAUCUGAUCGCUGGGAUAAGGAGCGAUUUCGUGGAGAUCGGAGGAAGGUUCAAGACGGGGAUCUCGAAGCUUUCGGGGAACUUGCCUGUAUCGGAGAUUACGAAGAUGGCAUCGAGUUUCUGGCAAGGAGGAGGAGGAGGGGAUUCGAGAGAGGAGGUUGUUGUUGGAGAUGUGAUUGGUGUUACGAAGGAAGUUGUUGGUUUCGCGAGGGAUCUUGCUUUGCAUCCUGAGACUUGGCUUGAUUUCCCCUUUCCUGAAGAGGAUAAUAACUUUGAUGAUUUUGAGAUGACUGAUGCUCAGUAUGAGCACGCGCUGGCCGUGGAAAGGGUUGCGACGGGUUUAGCUGCUUUGAGGAUUGAGCUUUGUCCAGCGUACAUGAGCGAGUAUUGCUUCUGGAGGAUUUACUUUGUGCUUAUGCAUCCUAAGUUCAGCAAGCAUGAUGCCUUGCUUCUCUCUACUCCUCAGGUGCUUGAAUCAAGAGCACUGUUAUCCCAUGAGCUGCUGAACAAGAGAAACAAAGCUGCAGUAAUGGUGCCAGAGAGUAGUGGUGAUACAGGAACUGCUAGUGAGAACGCUGAACCUCUUUCGUUACCUACUGUUCCUUCACAAGAACCAGUUAAGACCAUCUCUGUCGAAACAAUACAUUUGAGUGAGACAUCUGAGGUUGAGACAGAGAAGCACCCAAUCGAGAGCAAAGAGAUACAAGUCGUUGACAAGCCUGUGAUUGAAGAAAAACCAGUACCAGCAUCCCAUGACAAGCUAGUCACUGGAUCUUCACCUAGAGUUAUUGACGUUCAAGUCGAUGAUGAUGAUGAUGAUGAUGAUGUUGAUGAUUGGUUGAAGGAGGAAGAUAACGCAGGACCUGUUAGCUCCUCCACCGUAGCAACCAAACAUGUUGUGGAUGAGGAUGAAGAUGUAACGUUCAGUGAUCUUGAAGAUGAUGAUGAUGAUGUGCCAGUGAAUUACAAGAAAUGAUUCUUGAAUCCUCUGACCUUAAGAAAAGUUUUAUUUAAAACGCUGUCUGUUGAUGAAGAAUGUGCCACGACCGGUAUUUAGGUAAAGCGAGAAGAAGAAAAGAAUGAAACGAUGGGCUUUAAUGUUGAUGACAUACAGUAUUGUGUGAUCUGUUGUGACCUUUCUAUCCGUUUAAUUUCAUUUAUGUUUGUGUACACUCUCUUUUGAGAAACUGCAGGGCUUGUAAAUAAAACAGCACCAUAUGUGAUAAUUAUUAUGCAAAUAUAAUCGGAAAAAUGAUGUAAACCAC